AUGGAGAACGACAGUGCAACAGUUCCGUACGUUACGUGCGCGGUAUGCGAAAAGUCCGACGCGGAACCGUCGAUACAAUGUGACUUUUGUGAUAAGUGGUAUCACCACAAGUGCGCGAACGUGGACAAAAUAGCGGAAACGAGGGCAUGGUGGUGCGCGGGCUGCGACGCGAAGUGCAAAGUAGCUAGCGUGUCGACGGAAGAUGAAUUGACGCGUCUAAAGAGGGACAUGGAGGCUCUCAAAGCCACCACGGAAAACGCGGUUAGAAUGGUGCGGGAAAAGGAUGCGGAAUUAGCUCGGCUUCGUAUGAGCCACGAGCAAACCUCGUUCUCGUUGAGAGAACCGCUUCCAAGCUCGACGGCGAAACGGAUUUCGGUUACCGAUGACUGUGAACUGAGCCAGAGCCAAAUAGCUGCCCGCCAAGCUGUUAAAUCCGAACUCCCUACGUUUAAUGGGGAUCCCGAAGGAUGGCCGUUAUUUUUGUCUACCUUCAGAAGGUCAACCCGUACGUUUGGCUUCAGCGACGACGAAAAUAUCCUUCGGCUGCAAUCGGCAUUGCGAGGAAAGGCGUUACGCAUGGUGCAAAGCCGCCUCCGCCACGCUGAACGCCUGGACGAAAUAAUCGACGCGCUAGAAAAGGCGUACGGGAGAGCGGACGUGCUCGUUAAUACGUUACUUGAUCAGAUUCGCGAAGCGCCACCGAUAAAGCCCGAGAGAUUGGAAAGUUUCAUCGAAUACGGUGACCUCGUGGCAGAAAUCUGCGCGACGGUAAAAUCGAGCGGGAAUGCUGAGCGGCUUUACGACGCAGCGCUGUUACAAGAGUUGGUGGACCGAAUGCCGGCCUAUCUUCGAUGGAGCUGGGGCAUGCGUACGCUGGAGUUAAAACGCGUUACGCUCACCGAGUUUAGCGCCUGGGUACAAACGGCGACAGAUGGAGCGAUGGCGGUAACUCCUCCGCAGCCGAAGAAGAAGAAGACGCCAACGCAGCAGGUUCACGCGCAACACGUGGAGAGCCACGAGGCUCAGAGCAAUAAAAAUCGUCCGUGCGCGAUAUGCAACACCGAUUCAUGUCGUUCCAUAGCAGAUUGUACUGCAUUCAAUAAACUGAGUGUUCCAGCUAGGUGGGAAAAGGUGCGCAGCCUAAAGUUAUGCAAACGAUGCCUAGGUAAGCACUACAGCACGUGCUCCGUACGCGACGAAUGCGGUACGCAAGGAUGUGUUGCUAAGCAUCACCGUAAGCUACACCGCGUGACAAGUGAAGAGCGGAAGGAAGAAGUGAACCAUCAGAGAGCACGUGUAGAUGGUACCCUGCUACGAUACGUUCCGAUAAAGCUACACGGAGAGAGUGGCGUUAUCUACACAUACGCGCUGCUGGACGAAGGGUCGACGGUGACGCUAAUAGAGCAAGAGCUGGCCCGACAACUAGGCGUUCGAGGCGCUCCUGAUCCGAUGUGCCUUCAGUACAGUGCGGGACAGCAACGGGAUGAACGUGAUUCGGAACGAGUGACUGUGAAAGUGUCCAGUGUCGAAGCAGAUGCGCCCGUAUAUCCGAUGGCCGACGUGCGCACAGUCAGUCACCUAUCACUACCUAGUCAAUCGGUUAACGCGAACGAGCUCAAACGGAAAUUUGAGCACCUUAAGUCGAUUCCGGCGCUGUCUUACAAAAAGGUUUCACCACAACUUUUAAUAGGUAUCGAUCAAUACAGGUUAACGAGGCCGUUGAAGACGAUAGAAGGGCAGCCAGGACAACCGACCGCAACGAAGACGCGACUGGGAUGGCUCAUCUUCGGUAAGUGCACAAAUUGCAACGAUGGAGCAAACAGAGUGCAGCCUGAGCCAAGCUACCACAUCUGCGAUUGCCAAGGAGCGACCUCAAGGGCAGAUCGUAUGAUGGCAGCGUAUUUCGAGGUCGAAGGUUAUGGUCCUGCGAAACCGCUAUUGUUAUCGAAAGAGGAUCAACGAGCGAUGGCGAUACUAAAAGGCAGCACUCGACACAUCGAUGGGCGAUAUACGUCGGGCUUGCUAUGGCGAAGCGAUAACGUUUUCAUGCCGGAAAAUCGCCACAUGGCACUGUCCCGACUAAAAUGCCUCGAAAGAAAAAUGAAGGCGGAUGAAAAUCUCACUGAGAAAAUCAACGGGAUAAUGCAAGAUUAUGUAACGAAAGGUUACGUGCGACAAGUGACGGACGAUGAACGUAAAACGUUCUAUCCUAGGAAGUGGUAUCUGCCCGUGUUUCCCGUUACUAACCCGAACAAGCCGAAUAAGAUCCGAUUGGUGUGGGAUGCGGCUGCUGAAGUGAGGGGUGUCUCACUGAACAAGAAGCUGCUGACCGGACCCGAUCUACUGACUUCGCUGCAAGCUGUGUUGUUUCGUUUUCGGGAGUAUAAAAUCGGAGUGGCGGCCGACAUUACGGAGAUGUACCACCAGGUACAAAUCGACGGCGACGACAUACACAGCCAGCGUUUCCUAUGGCGAUGGGGGAAAACUAAUGUAGAACCACAGGAAUACGUCAUGUUAAGAAUGACAUUCGGUGCAGCGUGUUCUCCUUGUACAGCGCAAUAUGUGAAGAAUGAGAAUGCCGAAAAAUAUCUUUCACAGUAUCCUCGAGCGGUACAAUGCAUUAAGGAGGAACAUUAUGUGGACGAUAUGUUGACGAGUGUGGAAACAGAAGAGGAAGCUACAGAGCUAGCGCACCAGGUGAGCCAAAUUCAUACUAACGCCGGAUUCUCUCUCCACAAUUGGCUUUCAAAUAGCAGCAAAGUAAUGAUGACGGUAAAAGGAAACCAGGAAGCCGGAAAGGAGAUGGAUUUCGAAUCGUGCCUGAAACCCGAGAAGGUGCUGGGAAUGUGGUGGGACACCACGACGGACAGCUUCAGCUUUAAGCUUUCCCGCGUAAGACACCUUGAGUUGGCACGCAAAGACAAACCGCUAUCCAAAAGGCAAAUGCUUAAAACCCUGAUGUCCAUAUACGAUCCGUUGGGCUUGAUUGCUGGUGUGCUGUUCUAUUUAAAAGUUCUUCUGCAGGAGGUAUGGCGUUGCCAGCUGAGCUGGGACGAUGAAGUCCCCGACGAAAUACGGCGUAAAUGGGAUUUGUGGAUGGAACGAUUGCCGGAGCUAGAGAGUAUCGUGAUUCCUCGAUGCUAUCGACAGUUGGUUCCGCUACCUGAAUUGUCCCUGCAGCUUCAUGUGUUCGUUGACGCGGGUGCUGACGGAUAUGCGGCGGUCGCGUAUUUCCGCUUCGAGUAUGAAGGAAGGAUUGAAGUAGUUCUGGUUGGAUCAAAGGCAAGAGUAGCACCACUUAAAUACUUAUCCGUUCCUAAGCUAGAAUUGCAGGCCGCCGUCAUGGGAUGCAGACUAGCCACCGCGAUAGCGGGCGCUCAUCGACAGACCAUUCAUCGCUACUGCUUCUGGACGGAUUCAACAGACGUUGUGGACUGGCUGAACGCAGAUCAUCGCAAGUACUCGGCUUUCGUAGCACACAGAAUCGCAGAAGUGCUGGAAACGACUUCGACCGACGAAUGGCGAUGGGUCCCAACCACGAUGAACGUAGCUGACGAAGCGACUAAGUGGGCCAAUUUAAAAUACAACCUUGCUUCCGAGCGCUGGUUUCAUGGGCCCGAGUUCCUGCACCUACCGGAGACGGAAUGGAAUAUACCGCAACGAGUGCCAUCGGAGACCCGUGAGGAGAGACGCAAGAAAAAAGCAGCGAAGCUGGUUGGAGUUCACGCAGUGCGCCCGGAAUUCGUCAUCUACGAAAGAUUCUCGCGUUGGACGCGUCUCGUUCGGACAAUGGCCUACGUAUGUCGGUAUGUAAAAAUCGUCAUGAAAUCCGAUUCUCGAUCUACAGGUCCACUCACCCGCGAAGAAGUACAAGCUGCUGAAAAGGCGAUCAUAAGGGAUGUACAGAGGAGUGCGUUUCCUGACGAAUACAAGCUUCUGCAAAAGCACAAGGAAAAUCCUAACGCGACACCAUGGAAGUGCCCGAUAACUCGAAGCAGCUCCCUGUUUAAGCGAAAUCCCUACAUGGACGAGGAAGGCAUCCUCAGGAUAAGCGGAAGGAUCGACCGCUGUCAUUUCGUGGACCUGUCGACGAAGCGUCCUAUCAUUCUACCCGGUAAACACUACGUGACGGAGCUGAUCGUCGACGAUGUGCAUCGCCACUACAAGCACGGCAGCCAGGAAACCGUGGUCAACGAAGUAAGGCAACGAUACGACGUACCAGCGCUGAGAUCG